CUGCCUCUACUAGACACUAUAAAGAAGAGAUGGCCUUCGCUCGACUAGUCCUCGGCUCUAGGGGGGGUCUCCUGUGUACAUGGCUACCGGUGGUGGGGGGUAGAGGCUACUCCAGCACACCCUACAGCACUGACCCAGUGACUGUUAGAGUGAGCCAUGGCUUCCCUGUGGUGACAAUACCUCUACCAUCUCGUCGUGAGUCAUGUGACUUCACACUCCGCCCAUUCCUUCAGAGCGUCAGUGAUUUCAUACAUCACGUCAAAACAGAAGAUCUGGGAGUAGAUAAUGUGGCUGUGUAUGGUGUGGGCGGGAAUCGUAUCGCUGGGUCAACUGGAGUCGACCUUUUAUUGCGGGAGGACUUUGACCUGGUCGUCAACGGUUACAAGUAUCGUGUGGAGGUCCCUCAAGACCUUAAGUACCCACUGGAUGGCGAGGCUAGUUUAUCUGAUGUACGGAACAUGAUACACAAGCUGUACACUCAACUCAACAUCGACACUCAUCAGCUCGGCAAAGAGAGAGAGUUGAAAGGUAAACUAGAGUCCGUGAGGUCAGAACUAGCUCCACUGGAUGCUCAAUCCAUGGCUAUUGGCAAGCAAAGCAAGGGUCGCUCCAAUAUGGCUAUAUGGGGUGGCAUGGCGUUCAUGUCCCUCCAGUUUGGCUUCUUUGCUCGACUGACCUGGUGGGAGUACUCGUGGGAUAUCAUGGAACCAGUCACUUACUUUGCCACCUACGCCACCUCGAUGGCCAUGUUCGCUUACUUCGUCCUCACAAGACAAGACUUUGCGUACCCAGUGACUGAGGAGAGGACUUUCCUGCACAACUUUUAUCGAACUUCCAACAGUCAAAAGUUUGAUAUUGACAGAUACAACCACCUCAAGGACACAGCAUCACGUCUGGAGGGAGAGCUGAAGAGACUCCAUGACCCACUGCAACUCAACCUGCCCACACCAGCUCCAGAUCAUGUCAACUAGUGCAGUACUCUCUAUAAUAGCUAGCUAGUAUGUGUGAUGGACGUUUUGUAGAGUGAUUCUAGAUUGAUUAGUUUUAAUUAUCGCAAGUUGAAUAUUACACAAAUACCGUA